AUGGAGGUGGACGAUAAGGAUGGGCAAUUAUCAAACACAUUAUCAACCCAUGAAUAUGGAAGGGGUUGGGCGGGACCGGUUGAAGGACUGCUCGGAGGCUGCAGCCUAGUCUUCCGGCCAAUGGGGCCUGGUCCUCUCCCCGUAGGAGGAAGCAAGUCUCAUGGCUUCGCCAUUGCCCAUUCAAUUCCCUUGUCUCCUUUGUCCAUACAUAUGUAUAUGUAUAUAUAUGUAAUUUGGUGGUGUCCUCAUGCGUUGGUGCUAAGGCAUGGGUUGUCCAAAGUUGGACAAGGACCUUGA